UGCCUACGAAACUUCCACACUGCACUCGAUGGGCAUUCGCACCUGUCAUACUGCCCUUUCGUCAGCAACUUUCUUCCCCGAUGUCAUCGCGAUAAAAGAGCCACAUCAUGACUUUCAAUCUGAGUGCGUAUCAUCCUUAUCAACGCCAACGUGACGAUUUCUGCCUUCGCCCGGCUCUCGUAUGAGGUUUCGCACUGCGGCGGUGUAUGACUUGGUUAGCAGGAAACCGUCCUCUGCUUGAAAUUUACACCGAGCUGUGUAAACACAGUCAGCUGUUGAGCUGCUUCGUGAGAACUCACCCCAUGGCCGUGCUAGAAUCGAUAAGCAAGGAGUUCGCUGGUGGGUAUAAAAUCCCCUCCGUCUCCCAGUUCGGCUUUUCUUUCUCUUUUCUCAAUCCACUUUUCAAACACUCUCCUCAGCGUUUCUUAUACUCUCAACAAUCUUCAUUCAACCCUUAUACACACGUAUACAACGCCUUACCACAAUGGAAUAUUUCUAUCAUCACUUCCCCAAUAUCUUUUUUGACGCUGCAAAGAUCGUCGUUAUUACUCCUCAACCUCUUUACCAAGCCCUUUUGCGAUCCCAUGGCCUUGGAUGAGAAAUUCUUCGAUUUUAUCCUGAGAUUGACGAUGACUCUGAGGACAUGGACGUUGAUUCUGACUCUGACUCUGAUGCCACUGACAUGGAUGGCGACGUUAAACGUUACUACCAUUGCUAACAUUUUCUAUACUGACGUCCCUGCUAAACCUUCCGCACUUGAAGAGGACAUCGAGAUGAUCGAUGCUUCCGUCUAUGAAGACAAGAUCACCCAACCUGUCCAUAUGGAAGGCAGCGACACCUUCAAGGUCUUCUCAGCCCUUACCGACUCUGAGGCUACCUCUUCGUCCCCUUUGACAUACACCUUGGGCUCCAUCUCUAUCUCGUCUACCAGCAACACAUUCAACAUCUUUUCUCUUGACCAAUCUUUACAUACUUUCAAUUCUAGGACCCGAUUCUCCACCAGGCCUCGCCGUCUUCUUCAUGCCCAGUCCGGGGAGGCUAUCAAGCAGAAGAGCUUUGCCAACAUGUGUGCUGCUUCAAGGGGCAGGGGCAGGGGCAGGGGCAGGGGCAGGACUUAUUAUGAGGAAGACAGAAAGGAGGAGCAAGAGAAGUAUCAGCCUACUUCUGUAAAUACAGCCUCGCCUGAUUAGCCCAAUCAUUGAGAACAUAGUUAACAGAUACUAGCAGUCCCGCCUUCCUGUGGAAGCAACCCGCGACUGCAUCUUCCGACAUCUCCCCAGGAAGAUUUCCACCCAGUCUCUCAUCUGACUCUGGUGGCGAAGGAAGAGUAUGAAUGGACUUUUAAGUGAGACAACCGAGGCAUAGCCACCGCAGGGAUCGGACGGCAGUUUUUGGUGAACGGCUUUAUGCUGGAGUCAUGCCAAACAGUCUCUUAUCCCGCUUACAGGUCGCGCUUGUUCUCCGCACACGGCCAUAUGGCGUAGUGCAUCCGAU